CCAUGUUAUCAGAUAAUACAAACUCAAACUCAAAUUUAGACACUGUUUUACAUUUACAUACAAGCGAUAAUGAUAGCGAUACUACCGAGAUUCAACCAGUCUUGGAUAAAAUUACAUUAAAUGUCGGUGGCAUAAAGUAUGAAACAUUCAGGUCAACUUUGACAGCUUAUCCGACAACUUUACUUGGCUCAUUGUUUCUCUAUGAUGACGAUGAAAAUCCUUUGUAUGAUGCUCCUAAUGAAUUUUUUAUCGACAGAGAUGGACAUUUAUUUCAUUAUAUUAUGCAAUUCUAUAGAACUGGUAAAGUUCCAACUAUUGAUCAAGCAAUUGGUUUGAUCCCAAUAACAUCACAAGAAUUAGAAGAAGAAUUGGAAUAUUUCAAAAUUCCAAUAUAUCCGCAAUCUUCCUACUCAUCAACCACCUUAUCACAGUCACAAUUAUCACUACGAGAUAAAAUUAUAACUAAUGAAAUCGACUCUUUUACCACAACUCUAACCAACACUUUAUUAACUAUUUCACAACAAUUCAAAAAAGAAUUUUUCUUUAAAAAACAAUUCCGAAUAAAAUUCGAAAUAACAUUUUAUCACAACGAUCGCAUCUCAGAUUUCAAUAUACAACCCUCGAUCAAUUCAAGCUUGAAACAACAACUCUACAAAAAUCUGGAGAACUUUCAAUUGUUAGGUUAUGCUAUACUGGAUAGAUUUGGUGAUGACAUUGGUAGAUAUAUGACAACGAAUGUACAGGGUUGUAAUUGGGAAUGUAAAAGGGUGGAGGAAUUUUCUUGGGGUGGUGUUAAUAGAAUGUAUAAAGUUUUGGUCGGCGUAGAAAAUAGUUUUGAACAUGAAGAUAUCAUCGGCAGCUGUUGUUUAUCGUCAGUUGGACCAGAUGCUG